GCCUGCCCAUAUUCCCUCACCACAAACCCAAUUCCUUCCUUCCAAACAGCAUUCAUUUUCUUUCAUCACAAUAUUCUCCAUAUUCUUCUAUUUUAACACCCAUUUCCAAAUCCUCAAUCAUGUGUUCUUCAACUAGUGCUUCUUCACUGUUUGUUAUACCUCUUCUGAUUGGCCUUUUCAUGGCUGUCUCUGCCAGUAAUUUCUACCAGGAUUUCGAUAUCACUUGGGGAGAUGGCCGAGGUAAGAUCCUCAACAAUGGAGAACUUCUAACUCUGGGGCUUGACAAAGCUUCUGGUUCUGGCUUUCAGUCCAAGAAUGAGUAUCUUUUUGGCAAGAUUGAUAUGCAGCUCAAGCUUGUCCCUGGAAAUUCUGCAGGCACUGUUACCGCAUAUUAUUUAUCAUCAAAAGGUUCAACAUGGGAUGAGAUUGACUUCGAAUUCUUGGGGAAUCUGAGCGGGGAUCCUUACACUCUUCACACUAAUGUGUUCAGCCAAGGCAAGGGAAACAGAGAGCAACAGUUCCAUCUAUGGUUUGACCCAACUGCUGAUUUCCACACCUAUUCUAUCCUCUGGAAUCCCCAACGCAUUGUCUUCUCAGUGGAUGGUACUCCAAUUAGGGAGUUCAAGAAUGCAGAGUCAAAGGGCGUUCCAUUCCCAAAGAGUCAGCCAAUGAGAAUCUACUCUAGCCUCUGGAAUGCAGAUGAUUGGGCAACAAGAGGUGGGCUUAUCAAAACAGACUGGACCCAAGCUCCUUUCACUGCUUCUUACAGGAACUUCAAUGCCAAUGCUUGUGUCUGGUCUUCUGGAGCUUCUUCUUGCGGCUCAUCAGGUUCUUCAUCUUCCACCUCCUCCACCAGCAAUCAAUGGCUCUCAGAAGAGCUUGAUUCAACAAAGCAGGACAGGCUGAAAUGGGUGCAGAAUAACUACAUGAUCUAUAACUACUGUACUGAUGCUAAGAGGUUUCCCCAAGGCUUUCCUGCAGAAUGCAGCAUGUCCUAAGCUAGGCUGCAGGAGUGCUAUUCUUUUGCAUUAAUCAAUUCUUUGGUUCUUUGGCCUUCUUUUUGCUAGAUUGUAUUUUGUAUGUAAUUUCACAUAUCUCAAAUUUUUUUAUAUUAUUUUCAAGUUGUUUUAAUUAGACAACGUGUGAAAAAGUUUGAAUUGUUGAACUAUUUAUAGAAAUAGAAACUCUAUAUUUAAUU